ACUGAGUCAACUGCCUGCUGUCCACCUUCCAGCUAACUCAAGUGGCUUUUUAAAGACUUUAUUCAGCUUAAGAAGGAGGAGGAGAACUUUUCCGUUUAUGACAAACGUCCUCAUGAGUGAACGGAACCGACUCGAACACAACUGGACUUGCUUGUAUGUCUCUGAGGACGUCUCGUCUCUCACUCAUCAAGACUGGACUGGGCUAGUCUCCAGAGACACAGGACCAGGUCCAGUGGCGCUCGACCCAGUCUCUUUGACUGGAUAGAUGAGAAUAACCACAGACCCGAUCUCUGGUCUGUUCUCAGGCGCACAGGCUGACCCGUUCUCGUUGUUUUGUCCACUAUCCGGAUGUCCAACAACAUGGCGUCGACGCGGCAGCUCGGCGGGUCACUCUCAGUGACAAACAGCAGGAGGCGGGAACGGGCCACGGCUACACACCACAGAAGAAGAAGGAAAGCAGCAGAAGGAAGAGGAAGGAGGAGAAACAUAAGAUGUGAUGGCGCGCUGGUUGGUGUAAACAAAGAUAUGUUAUUGUCAGCAGGAUGAUCCGCUGGAAACAACGUUUAACCGCCUGAUGUGAAGAUGAACUGCGAAGGAAAAGAACCAGAUGAGCAUCUAACUGUGGAGACAAAGUGACGGUAGGACCAGACGAAACACGGAAACUGCAUCCGGCUGACCCGGAUCACACAGCUACGCGUGCUAACGCGGCUAACGCAGCUAACGCAGCUAACACUGUACCAUGAACGGUAAAACAGUCCGCCGCCCCAGUCCUCAGAGAGAAGGUUCAGUAAAGGAGGCUAACUACUGCUGACCGACCUGCUCCCUGCGCGCCAGUUUCAUCUCCAACCAGCUGCAGCUCCACCCCGAUCCCCCUGAUCCAGUCUGACCUGACCUGGUCCAGCUCGGUCCAGUCCGAUCUGGCCUAAUCCAGGUGGCGAUGGCGGGUCGCAGUCGUGGACGGGGACGGAGGUUGAUGAGUUUCAGUGUGGAGGCCGUUGGUAUCAACAGAGGAGACACUUUACCUCCAUCCAUCCAGCAACCCACACCUCUGUUUCCUGUGAUGGAGCAGAAGCCCCUCCCCUUGGCAGGUGGGGAGGAGGCAGAGUAUCUGUUAGCACUCAAACAGGAGUUCAGAGGAGCCAUGAAGAGCCUGCCCUUCUUCAUCCAACCAGCUGCAGCACACAGAGAUGUGGAGAGAUACUCAGAUAAAUAUCACAGCAGCGAGCAGACGGACGGGCUGCCGGACUGGACUCCAGAUUGGAAGAGGUUCCCCAAAGAGCUCCGACUCCACGUCAAGAAACCUGCCAGAGACUGUGUGUCAGUCAGUCGCGCUGACAGAGUUCAGGCCAGUCAGAAGAAGAAAAGAGUCAAUGAGAAAGAGGAGGUGCUGCUCAAACUGGAGUCCCUAGAGAAGAAGGAGGAGAGGGGAAGCUCGGGGGAGGAGGAGGAGGAGGAGGACAAGGGAGAAGAGAAGAAGAAGAAACAGGAGGAAGAGGAGGUUGAGGGAGAGGACGAAUACGACGAGGAAGAGUUUGAGGAGGAGACGGAUUACGUCAUGUCGUACUUCGAUAACGGAGAGGAGUUUGGAGGCGACAGCGACGACAACAUGGACGAGGCUAUUUACUGAAACACCAGCAUUUUGUCACCUUUCGUCGGGUUUGUCCACGCAGUAAAACCGUCCAGCAGCUGCUUGACAUUUUAAACUGUUUUCUAACGUUUCUGUUCACUGUGAAAGAACUCACCAGAAGACCCAAAGAGCUUGUGCCGUGUGUUUGAAAUGUUUUUUAAGCUUUUGUAAGCUUAUUGUGAAAGAUGCGACUUCUGACUGUGAGUGUUUGUUCUUUGGCCGUUGGAUAAUAAAUCACAGCUACAUAAGGACUUAAAAA